AUGCUCACCGAUGGCAGGGACCUUGCGGCAAACAUCGGCAUCAAGUUCCAGACACCAGAGGAAUUCUUCCUCAAUGCGCCCACGGAGCCAUACGACCACAUCUUCGAGCCCAGUAGAUAUCUUCAGGUCACCCAAGCCGCUGAGGGAACCACACAUGAUGCAGCAGCUCCUGCUGUAGCCGCGCCCUUCACCAAGGACAUCAAACAAGACAUAGUCGUCUUCUGCGGAAGCCCUGGCGCUGGGAAGAGCACAUUCUUCUGGGACGUUCUCCAACCCCUCGGCUAUGAGCGCGUCAACCAGGACAUACUGAAGACACGCGAUAAAUGCGUCAAGAAAGCGCGGGAGCUUUUGGAAGCAGGGGCGUCCGUGGCAAUAGAUAAUACCAACGCGAACGUUGAAACUCGGUCGCACUGGGUUAAGCUCGCCCGCGAAUUCGAUGUCCCUAUCCGCUGUGUGCGUUUCACGGCCUCGACACGCCUAGCGGAGCACAAUGAUGCCGCCAGAGCCUUGAACACGAACAUAAUGAACCCUGAGAAUCGAUCUCAGCUUCCCAGCAUCGCGUUCCGCUCGUUCCUACAAAGACUCCAGGAACCUACCCUUGACGAAGGCUUCCAAGAUAUCUACAAGGUGGAUUUUGAGUUCAAAGGCACCGACGAGCAGAAAAAGCUCUGGUCGAGAUACUGGGUAUCAAAAUACUCAACAUGA